CAGAGACCGAGCAUGGAAAGGCGGCGAGAGACGGAGUGAGACAGACAGAGAGAGGGAGAGAAGAAAGAAGGAGGGGGAUAAAAUUUAAAAUAAAAUAAAAAAACUGAAAAAUUUUUUUUUAAAAACUGCGAGCUCGCACCAGCAGGGGAGUAGCACAAAGCCCAGCACCGGGCAACUGGGAAGAGUGACAGACUGAGAGAGAGGAAAAAGCCAGAGCGAGAGACAUAGAAAGACAGAGAGAGAGAGAGAGAGAAGAGAGAGGAGAGAGAAAGAGAAGAACACAGCGCCUGACAGCAGCUAAAAGAGGGGAGCUAUCAGUCGCGCAGAAACUGCAAUUCAAAGCGCGGUAGUUUUUUUAUUUUUAUUUGUUUUUGUCGCGCGCUAACUGAACCCGCUCCGCUUUAGCCCGACUUAGCGCAUCGCAUCGCAUCGCAUCGCAUCGCAGACGCCGCUCCGGCCGCCACUCAUCUCCCCGGGCUGACGAUGCAGCGCGCCUUUCUGCUCCUCUGCCUCCUGGGACGCGGGCUGUGCGCCGUGUUCACCCAGCAGCCGCACGACCUGGUGGUGGUCGCCGGGCAACCCGUCACCCUGCCCUGCUCCAUCCCCGGUUACCAUGGCAUCGUGCUGUGGGUCAAGGACGGCCUGGCGCUGGGCGUGAACCGCGACCUCUCCGGGUACCCGCGGUACUCUGUGGUGGGGGACCACGCCGAGGGCGAGUACCACCUUCGGAUCGGGCGCGUGGACCUGACGGACGACGCCCUCUUCGAGUGCCAGGCCAUCCAAGCCGCCAUCAGGUCGCGACCCGCCCGCGUGACCGUCCUGGUUCCCCCCGACAACCCGGUGAUUAUCGGGGCCCCGGUGAUCAGCCUGCGGGCGGGCGACCCCCUCAACCUGACGUGCCACGCCGACAACGCCAAGCCCGCCGCGUCCAUCAUCUGGAUCCGCGACGGAGACGUUCUCAACGGGGCCAUGUACUCCAAGACCCUGCUGCGGGACGGUCGCCUGGAGACCACGGUGAGCACCCUCUACAUGUCGGCCUCCAACAUCGAGACGGGCCAGCAGAUCACCUGCCGCGCCUCCAACAAGGCCGUCCCCGGCGGCAAGGAGACCAGCGUCACCAUCGACAUCCAGCACCUGCCUCUGGUUAACCUGACCGUGCAGCCACAGCCUGUCCUGGAGGGGAACCUGGUGAAAUUCCACUGCUCAGCCAAGGCCAACCCGCACGUCACCCAGUACAGGUGGGCAAAAGGUGGAAGCAUUAUUAAGGAGGUGUCAGGUGACACCUAUGAGGUCAUCGUGGACUACUCCUUCUUCACUGAGCCGGUGUCGUGUGAGGUCACCAACCCCCUGGGCAGCACCAACAUCAGCCGAAAUGUUGACGUCUACUUCGGACCCCGCAUGGCCGCCGAGCCCCAGUCCCUGCAGGUGGACCUCGGGUCGGAGGCGGUCUUCAACUGCGCCUGGACGGGAAACCCCUCCCUCACCAUCGUCUGGAUGAAGCGCGGCUCGGGGGUGGUGCUUAGCAACGAGAACAUCCUGACACUGAAGUCGGUGAGACAGGAGGAUGCUGGGAAAUACGUGUGCCGGGCGGUGGUCCCCCGGGUGGGCGCGGGAGAGAAGGAAGUGGCGCUCACCGUCAACGGCCCCCCCACCAUCUCCAGCACCCAGACGCAGCAGACCCCCCACGGCGAGAAGGGCCAGAUAAAGUGCUUCAUCCGCAGCACCCCACCUCCGGACCGCAUCGCGUGGUCCUGGAAGGAGACGGUUCUGGAGUCGGGGACCUCGGGCCGGUACACGGUGGAGACGGUGAGCACGGAGGAGGGCGUGAUCUCCACCCUCACCAUGAGCAACAUCGUCCCGGCGGACUUCCAGACCAUCUACAACUGCACGGCCUGGAACAGCUUCGGCUCCGACACCGAGAUCAUCCGGCUCAAGGAGCAAGGUGGGAGCCAAGAGUCCCUACAUUUGGCCGUCAUCAUCGGGGUGGCGGUCGGCGCUUUCGUGGCCUUCAUCGUCCUCAUGGGGACCAUCGGAGCCUUCUGCUGCACUCGCCUUCAGAGAAAAGACGCGCACCUGGUUAUGUCCUCACAUCCUGUCUCCAUCUCUGCUCACCAGACAGACCUUUCAAGCAAAAUUAAAUCGGAAAAUCUCAAAGGCGUCGUCUCCGCCAAGAACGACAUCCAGGUGGAGAUCGUUCACAAGGACCACGCCGCCGCUCGGGAGACCGAGGACCACGCCGCCAUCAAGCAGCUGAUGAUCGAGCGCGGCGAGUUCCAGCAGGAGUCGGUGCUGAAGCAGCUGGAGGUGCUGCAGGAGGAGGAGAAGGAGUACCAGCACAUUAAGGACCCCACCAACGGCUACUACAGCGUCAACACCUUCAAGGAGCACCACUCCACCCCAACCAUGUCGUUGGCGGGCAACCAGGCCGCCGAGGCCCGCACCGCCAACUCGGCCACCAUGGGCAAGCAGCAGAGGGUGCCCACGGGCAUGUCCUUCACCAACAUCUACUCCACGCUGGGCGCCGGGCCCAACCGCCUGUACGACUAUAGCCAGCGCUUCGUGCUGGGCAUGGGCAGCAGCUCCAUCGAGCUGUGCGAGCGGGAGUUCCAGCGCGGCUCGCUGAGCGACUCCAGCUCCUUCCUGGACACGCAGUGCGACAGCAGCGUCAGCAGCUACAGCAAGCAGGACGGCUACGUGCAGUUCGACAAGGACAGCAAGGCCUCGGCCUCCUCUUCGUCCCACUACUCGCAGUCCUCCUCGCAGAACUCCGACCUCACCCGGCCCCUGCAGAAGCGCAUGCAGACCCACGUGUGACCCCGCACCCCCCUCUGCCCCCCCCCGUCCCCCGCCCCCCUUGCUCCCCUCCCAACCGACGCAUUGAGGAACUGCCGAACCGAGGGGUCGAUGGGACCUUUUUCAGAAUGCGCACCGCCAGAGAACGCGUUCUGAAAAAGGUCCCAUAGUUGUGUACCAUCUUUCGUUUUUUAACAACUAUUCUUCACAGAUAGUCCGGGAGGCUUAAAGAAAUGCCCAGUGCCUGGGUUUGGACUCUAUUGCUGAGCUCUUCUGUUGGGUAAAUAUCAAAGCAAACAAUCUGACAUGCUCCGUAAUAUGUUUACUAAAUUUACUUCCUUACAAAAAAAAAAUCAUUUUCUCAUGUGUAUUGUUACACUACAUUUAGUGUAAUAGAAUCUUUUCUGCUUCUUUAUGAUCAUAGAUUGUCUACGGGGGUGGGGGAAGCUACAAAUAAAAGUUGCCCCUGGCAACAGCCAUUUGCCUUCGUAGAAUGCUAUUAUGCGGAUAAAAGGAACGCAUAGACAAACUGUACAGUAUUGAGCAAGUUGAAAUCAGUUCUGUUUGCUGGAGUUUUCUGACUUCAUCACAAUCUCCAGAAGGCUCUUGUGUGUCGUGCAUCUUCUUUCAGCUGAGAAGGAGAAACCACAGCACUGUAGACACAAAAGCGAGAAGCACUUCUUCGGUAGCCAGUGUUCAGCCUCUCUCUCUUGUGGUUCCAAGCACAAACAAACCAGUGAACUGCUCGCAACCUCUUUAUUUUUUUCGCCGGGAAGGAAGAAAGAAAAAAAAAAUACAAGAACAAAAAGACUUUUCAUCUGGAUAAUUCAACUUCUGCUGAGUAGAUGCUGUGUUGAGCUCUGAACAGUGCUGAGUGGUACUGUAGACCUUGGCUCCAGAGAUCUUCAGAUGAAUGGGAAACAAAGCAGUUGUGAACAAUUUCUGGAGAGAUCUCCACGCGAGGGGAAACACUUGGAAAUUGAACUGCGUUUUUUUCUCUUUUUUAACUUUUCUUAUUUCGACCUGGUUUGGAUUUGUUGGUGCAGACGGGGGAUCAUCUGGGGGUCCUGCCCAGCACACAGGAUACAGUGUUCCCACGCAAGGAUGAGGGACGAGGAUUUUGGGACCGUUACGCUCCGGACGAGGAACCGGAUUUUUGAAUUCAAUGUCUUUUUUUUUUUUUUCGCUCUGUGACCCUGUGCUUUGUAACACGGGGAGUGUUUCGUUUGGACACCGGGCAGAUUAUCAUGGAUGUCCUUUGGGUACUCUCCCAUGUAAUGUGAAAUCUCACACACAAAAAAAGAACAAAAAAAGCAAAAAAAAAAAAAAAAAAAAUUUAAAAAAAAAAAAAAUGUAAUUCAGAUCAUCGGAUGUUGUCUGCAGGACUCCCUGUGGAACUAAAAGGUACAUUACGAUCAAGCCUGUUGUUGUGUGGCUGUUCCAUUCAUUGUUGAAAUCAUAUUGUUUACACUGGAACUCUGUAAAUCCAGCAUUUUUGCCUACUGUGAUCUGACUACUGAAUGAGGAGGUUGUAUGAAUUUUUUCUCUUUUUGUUUUUUUUUUUGUUUGUUGUUUUUUUUUUUCCUUUUUUGCUCUGUCGCUUAGCGCUUGUGAAGUGGUGAUAAGAGUAUGCCCACUGUUUUAAGUGAGCCGUGGACUAUUUCUUGUCUCUUAUUUUCUUUUCUUUUUCUUUUUUUUUUUUUUUGUCUGGCCAAAAAAAAAAGCACAGUGCACAUGACCAGUAUAGUGUUUAGCUGUUAGCUAUUUCCAGUUCAUAAAUGAAAACGCUGAUAAAAAUUCAAAUGAAUGACGACUGUGCAUGAACACUUAAAUUCGUUCUUACCUUUCUGUUACAUUAAACCAAUUGGUGUCGUUGAAGACCCAGAGAGAA